AUGAAGAAAAGAUCUCGUGCCUGCGAAGCCUGCCAGGCUCUCAAAGUCAAGUGCGAGCCCUCUCCCGACGAAUCCAUCUGUGAGAGAUGCGCCCGCUUCACCAUCACCUGUGUCCCUGCCGCGAGGAAGUGGCAGAGGGAUAGAAUCGGUGAGUUAGAGGAGCAGGUCAAGAACCUGCAGGAGAAAUUGGAUGGUGCUUCGUCGCAGGGCUUGUCGACUUGUGCGGCUUCUACGAGGGCGACUUCGGUGUUUUCGGCCGAGGGAUCUUGGUCUGGCACAGCGUUGCCAUCGGAUCUCAAUUUUCUGGAUGCCCAUCUUGAUUAUGAGUCGCAGCUGAGAUGUUUGGAGGCCUGCUCACGGACUGUCGGGCGAUUCUGGGUUCUUGUUCCUCUGGUCGAUAGCAGCUCGGCGAGGUCGUGGCUCGACUCCAUCCGGGCAGAAACACCAGUCAAACUCAUGGCCAUAAUCACCUGUGCUAUGGCGCCGACGGAUGCAGAGAUCGAUCCUCAGACCCAAGAAGAUAUACGGGCAAAGACGCUUGAGAUCCUCGGCAAGGUGGCAGUCGGUCUGAAACCCCCAUCGUUGGACCUGGUGCAAGCUGCGCUGAUAGUCGGGCUCUGGAUCAGGCCUUCUCUCGGGAUGAGUCACGGGAAUUCAUUGCAGCUUGUUUCUCUGGCACAUACUCUCAGCGUGGAACUAGGCCUGGGAGGUGCGAUGAUGCCUUCCUCUGCACCGGCGUGGUUCUUCCGCAUCCAGGGGCCGUCUACAUUGGAGAUGCAGAGGAUUUGGCUAGUCUCGUGGAUGACUUCGACAAUGGCUGCCAUUCCACUGAGACGAGAACAUUCAUUCGACUGGCAAUUGUCACAUUACGAGGCACUACACGCAUUGGAAACAAACAAUUCAGACCCAAUGUUCUUAGAGAUGCUCCAUACGGCCAGGCUUCAUGCCCAAGUUGCCAGUGCCCUCGAUCUCUGUAACAGCUAUUCCUUCUACGACAUCAACUCCGAUUUCGCUGCGGCUACGAGAUCUCAGAUCUACAGCGAUCUCGACGAACUGAGCUCCAGACCUCUCGCGCACGACGUCCAACUUCGUUUCUGGCGAAUGCAAGUCGCCAUCCUUGUCAAUGAGCCGGUCCUGCACACAGCCACGAACAAAAUACUCUUCGGAUCGCCGUAUCUGUCCAUGAGGAUCGGAGUCAACGACUUUGCCUGUCCACUACAGAUGACCGAGACAGCCGCGAUAGCUCUGCGCUCCCUUGUAGAAGCGUGCCACCUGGCCAUCGACAUCGUUCUCGAGAUGGAGCCCAGCGCGAUCCUUGGCCAGCCGUCCCUAUGCUUCGGCCCAGCGGUGAGCUACACGCUCUCCAUUCUCGUCAAGGUGUUUGUGGCAGUGUCCGCGCCGGGUAAUACGUACAGCCAGAUCUUGACUGGCGAUGCUCUGCGCAUCAGGGGUGCGAUGGAGAAACUUGUCUCCGUUAAGGAAACUCUGCUUAAGCUCGAUCCCCACAUGGGCAAUUGGAACACGAGGAUCAUAGGGGCUGUCGAAUGGCUGGGUGUCUGGUUGGAUGACUAUGAGGGUAUUAUUCAGCGAUAUGAGACGAAUCUGGAAAGAGAAGUAGCCGAACAAGAAAUUGGAGUGCUCAGCCCCAAUGGACACUUCUAA